CUAAAAAUUAGCACUAUGACUGAUGGAGACUAUGAUUAUCUGAUCAAACUGCUGGCCCUUGGAGACUCGGGGGUUGGAAAAACAACGUUCCUGUACAGAUACACCGAUAACAAAUUUAAUCCAAAAUUCAUCACGACAGUAGGGAUAGAUUUUCGGGAAAAACGAGUGGUGUACAACAGCAGAGGACCAAAUGGAUCUCCAGGAAAAGCCUUCAAGGUACAUCUCCAGCUUUGGGACACAGCCGGCCAGGAAAGGUUUCGAAGUCUCACCACAGCUUUUUUCAGAGAUGCUAUGGGCUUUUUACUAAUGUUUGAUCUCACCAGUCAACAGAGCUUCUUAAAUGUCAGAAAUUGGAUGAGUCAGCUGCAAGCCAAUGCAUAUUGUGAGAACCCAGAUAUAGUCUUAAUUGGUAAUAAAGCUGAUUUAUCAGACCAAAGGGAGGUAAACGAAAGGCAAGCAAAAGAUCUGGCAGACAAAUAUGGCAUACCGUACUUCGAAACAAGUGCUGCUACCGGACAGAACGUGGAGAAGGCUGUGGACACGCUUCUGGACUUGAUAAUGAAGCGUAUGGAGCAGUGCGUGGACAAGACACAGGUCUCCGACACAGCCAACGGAGGAAGCUCGGGGAAGCUGGAUUCAGCAAAACCAGAGGAGAAGAAGUGUGCCUGCUAAACGUCACCUCUAAACUGUGAGAACGAACGAGAGUGUUUCAUCAGAAUAUGGCUGACCUACCACCAAAUUCAAACCGGCUCUCUUGAGCCAUGCACAGAAGCAAAGUUGCAUUGUUUUAUUGGGAUUGUGCGUGUUUCUCCAAAGAACUGGUUUAAUACUAAAAGCUGUGUUUCAGUGGGGCUCUUGGGCUGAAAUGAUUCUUCCUGAUACGGUGCCACCUUCAUGGAAAACUGUCCCACCUCUUCUUCCCCACUCCUUUUCCCCCAGCCUUCACCUUUCUUUUUCCUGCGAUCGGGAUACUGAAUAGAGGAAAGUAGCUUUAUUUUUUUAAAAAAGGAGGGAAAGAACCUGUUGUCUGCAUACACUGGAUAUUGAAAUUAAAAUGGAGGUGGGUGGUUUUCUAGGUCUGUGCCAUUUUUCCACAGAAUCCCGUUUCUUUACAAUUCUUAAUCUGCAUCAGGGAGCGUGUGUUUUCUAAGGCAGUGAUACAAAAGCUUUUAUGUGGCCUAUUAAGAAAAACUUUUAUCACUUGAACAGAGUAAGCAAUGCUGUGAAUCCAUCCUGACUGAGCCACCGAGACGGUGGUUGGGGGGGUGGGUUGUAUGUGUGUGUGUUUUGGGUUUGGGGGCAGGAAGUAGGGCAUUUAAUUUAAAAAAAAAAAAAAAAAUUAUCAGGGAAUUGUGCAGCAUUGCUUGUGUUGCCAAUAAUCCAAGCAGGGAUUGGAGUGUUAUGGGAAAAAAAGUAUGGAGAGGGAUUCUGACGCUGCAGGGACAGUUUAUAAAGGAGAGAGUGUAACGUAUGGGAACUGAGAUAAACUAUAUUUUAUGAAACAGCUUCUUACCGUUAGCAAAAAAAAUAUCCUCCCCUUCUAAACUUAAGGAAACUAUCCUUUUUCUUCUUUUUCUCUGGGUAACUGCGUAUCGCAGGUAGGACAUAGGAGAGAGCUUGUGGCUGUUUGCACCGCCCAGAAGGGAACUGUGAACGCUGCUGUGCUCAGAGAGCCUCUGAGUUAUCACUGCAGCUUUGCCGGGUCCUCCACACGCAUAGCUUUUCAACAGAGGACAGCUUUUUCGUCCUCUUAAAUGCUCUGCUGGAGGGCAGAGUGGAAAAAAUGUCAUGUUGGAACGCUGGGAGUCCAGAAUAUAUAACCAACUAGACAGACGCGUGCCGCGGAAGUGCGCAGGGAUCUCGGCGCGGAGGGUGGAGGCUGCUCUGUUGGUGUGCUGCGGCGGAAGGGUGCGAUGCAAAAGAUUUCUGCUCCGGGUGAAAGCAAGUUCUAGUGAAAUAGCAAGUUGCUUGUCACAAACAAAGACGAAUACAGGAAAAAAUAAAGAAAAAAUACUAUAUUUGUAAGUAUAGAUCAUUUUCUAAAUACUAGUUACAGCAUAUUUAUUAGCCUACCCUGUCCUUUUUGUAGAAUAACUGUUCUGUUUUUAUACAGGUGGUAGUUAAAGGUCUAUUUGUGUUUAUUGCACUUUAAGCUACUUUCAAAUCAGUCGGGAGGGCGCGUUGGGGGGUGAAAACGGAUCUCUUUACAAGUCAGGUUUAAUUGGUUGGGUUGGCAGGGUUGCGGACUUCCGUUCAUUUAAAUGUUUUCAGCUUUGAUUGAUUCAAAAUUGCAAACUUUGUGAAUAGCAAGCUCAUAAAGUGUUUCAGUGCUUCCCAGAAAUGGAGAAUUUACCAGAUUCACUGCUGAAAAAAUAACAGGUUUUUCGGCCCAGUUCCUCAAACGAUGUUUACUUGGUGAUUUGGCACGUUAACAGGGCAGAUGGUACAUCCAUAGGAGCAGGCCCACUGGGUGAAGAACCAAAUAGCUGCCAUUACCAUGCCAGAAACCUAACUCUCAGGCUGUAAAGAUUGUGUAAGUGAUAGACUAUACCUAAAGGCUAUAUAUACUGUAUACUAUACAAAUGGGUAUAAUGCAGGUCCUUUUAUAGGCUAUAGACAGUCCUAACAGCUCAAGAGGUGGAAAAGCUGUUGUGGUAGUCAACGGGUGAUUUCCCAGGCAGGAGAUGUACGUCGGCUGGUAGCAAGCAGGCUGAUAGGAGGUCGAUUCCUUGGUUACCUGAGAUACGUAGGCUGGAGGUUCAGGGUGAAGCUGCAUUGCUUUUUAAUAUGUAGCAUAAAACAUAAUUAAAUUGUAGUACGUCUUGAGUUCCUGAAAAUGAUGGUCUGAGGAGCUCCCCGUCUCGCUUCCAAAGAAAUCUCUCAUUUUGUGGCAUCAGAUUUUUGUCCUUUGAACAGGAGUGAAAGAAGUUGCUAAGAAUGGUAAACGAGCGACAGUCAAGCAAAGCGUGUUUCCCAGCGCAGCUGCAGUACAGCUUCUCUAAAAGCUGUUAAAAACUGAAAGGGACUUCAGUUGCAGACAGAUGAUUCAGGCAAAGGUGUGUGAAAUCCCAAACCUGGCGCAGUUUCAAAGCAUCUUAAUGAUGCUCAGUUGCUUUUAUUAACCUCUCCGCCUGCCAAAACUAGCACUCUUAGAAGAAUAAUAAUUUUUAAAAAAAAGAAAAAAACACAGCAGUGAUACCCAGAACAGUGUGGUCUAAAGGAAGGCAUCUCCUAAUCUUGCCACUGAGCUUCAGGGACUGUGAACUGUCCGAGCUGGCAGUCCGUUACCGGGGCACUCUGCUCCGUAAGGACACGCUCUCUGAAACUCUCCCGUGCGGAUGGGGCGAGCGCACGGCCAGCCCUCGCAGCCCAGUGUUGCUCAAGGGGUCUGCUUAGGAACGAAAGGGAAAUGGCCGUAGUAAAAUUCCAUUGCUUGGUUUGUAUUUAUAUGCCUACUAAUACAAGAAACUGAUUAUUAUUGUUUUAAAAAACCCAAAAAGGAAUCUGUAAAUACAUGUGCAACUAUUAACCCAAUAGGAUUUUGCCAUCAAAACUUUGUUUGGAGGAAAGGAAGAGAAGUUUAAACGUGUUUCCUUGCCUGGUAGGUGGUAUAGUAGCUCUUGGUUAUUAAAUUCAAAAAAGAGGAACAUGGUAAGUGAUUCUACGUGGCUGCCAACAGCUUUGUUGCUCAUCAGGUUAACUCUCUUCGCAAAAAACUAGAUAACGAACUCUUACUAAAAAACGCCUUCUGUCCCCUCUCCAUCAUCAUUUGACUCUUGCUCUGUUUUUUUUUCCUUCAUAACUAUUCCUCUUAGGUUUCACACGCCCACCAGCAGAUUCACAUUCUUAUAUGUCCACUUGGUGACGUCCGUCUGUCUUCCUGCAGCGUCACCGCUCUUGCGAACCCCCCGCCGAGCAACUGCAGCCCUGCACGGGUGACUCAGGGCCACUCCUUGCUGCUGUGGUAGGAACCGAAAGCGAUAGCAGCCUUAAGGUUCACAAGUUCUAUGUAAUAUCCAGGAAAUAAUGGUAAUUGCAAUGCAGACUGUAGUGGAUCCCCUUAGGUAAUUUUUCCAGCUGCAGCGUGGUGAGCUGGGCACAGUGUGAGCCCCUGCUUGUGACCUGCUGGAAAAGAGCUGGUGGGGCGGUGUGGCGCGGCCGAGCCACCCCCACGGCAGGGAGUGCCGUCCUGCCUACGGGCUGCUGCGACGCCAGGGAGGCGCAGCGUCUUGGCACAGCAUUUCCCUAGUUCCAGCUCUGACUGCACUGUGAGCUCCUGAAUGUACCCCUCCCUGGAGCCACGUAUCCUACCCUUUCCAUCCUUUUUGCACGCCGGUUGCUUGAAGUGUUUCACUUUGACGUGUUCAGGCCUAUAAAUUCUUCCAGGACACCAGCCUGGGAAGUGAAUUUGUUUUCACUUAACAUCUCUGGUGGGAUAUAGCCUCAUCCCAUCCCACUAGAACUUGAAUGCAGAUUCUGUUGUUGCAAAAUUUGAUUCUACAUAUUUGAAUUGCAAAUAAGGCAUUUGCUUUUGAGCACAAAUCCAACUUGUUUGCAAGCCUUGCUAGAUAUCCCCCAUCAGGCCUGGAGAGGGAGGGAAGGUCCUAUGAUACUUUAUCCAGGGUGAUGAUAUUAAAAAUUAAAUGUCAGUGCUGGUACUGUAACCCUGGGGGGUUUUGUCUUGAAUUUCGGUCCGGGCACUGGUUUCUCAAGGUCUCUUUUUGUGUCAUGUUAGAAAUACCUUAUUUCAGUUCUCCAGUAUCCCUCCAGGGAAGUGCUCUUGCUGAAGACUUUAUGGCGCAGCGUGUGUGGUAAUUUCUGAACCAAACAGUGCUGUGCACUGACAAAGCUGAUGGUAAUACCCGUCCUUCAGAGGCGUGACUUGCAGGACCUUACACUGAGAAUAAUUUUGGUUUCCUUUUCUCUCUGCAUAGUUCUGCCAUCCUCGUCUCCAGCAGCCGUCUCGGGCUGCGAUCUUUGCCAAGACACUUCAAGGUACCCAACUUCUUGUUGAAUCUGUUCCCUUCAUCCUCCUGGCGUGUCCCAGUUAGCUCACGUCCACAGCGUAACGGCGUUACACCUCUAGUCUUGUCCUUAGAGCUCACCGUAGUCCGUUCUUCCUGAUCUACAGGUAUUUUUGUUCUCCCAAGUUUUAAGCGUGAAUGUAAAACUGUGGCAUCAAAAAAAUGUUAAUGCACUAUUCUCGAGUAGUGCUGGGGUGCUGAGCUACGGCCGUAGGCGCUACAGGAUCCCCUGGCUGCAGCUCCCUCCGUUCGCCUGCCGCCUCCCGCUCAGUGUGUCUUGGGGGAACAAAUGUGUCCCUUACCCCUCGCUAAAGAUUUGCGGUGCCAAAGCGUGGUGCUGAGGUCUGGUGUUGCUGCUCCGCUUGUAAACUGCCCCAUUUAGUGAAUUCAGACCCGGGAGGAGUGAGGAAACUUAGAGGCAGCAGGGAAUGUCUCUAAGCUGAUGUUGCUGCUCUUACUCUGGCGUUCGUGCAUCCUUUGCUGACCUUGCCCUCGCCUUCCCCAGCCCCUCGCCUUGGAGUAGUAGUGCCAAGGCCUUUUUUAGGAAUGCAAGAAAGGAAAUGUGCUGUUGUCAAAUGGGAUUUUCUUUUUUUUUGGAUGCAUACACUGAAAAGUGUACUUCUCAGCUGUAGAGCUCACUCCAGCAGUGAAUUUACACUGCCUGUGUUUACAUGCUGCUGCUGCGG